ACCCAGGGCUGCCGCAAUCUGCAAAGUUUGAAAACAAAACUUUCUGAUUUUCAGGUCGUUUUAGGUUGGUUCUGUGUGCUGAAAUAGUAGAAAUUUAACAAGUGAUACUUAUUACAAUCAGACCAUGCAUAUUACUACCUGCGAAAUGCACACAUGCGGCGAGCCGUUGAGAAUCAUUGAAACUGGAUUUCCAAAUAUCUCGGGGAAAACAAUCUUGGAAAAGAUCGCUUACAUACGAGAAAAUUGCGAUGAUAUAAGGAAGUUUUUGAUGCAUGAGCCUCGUGGACAUCAUGAUAUGUUUGGAACAUUGAGAGUUGAACCAGAUUUACCAAAUGCAGAUGCAGCAUUUAUAUUUAUGCACAAUGAAGGAUAUGGUACAAUGUGUGGACAUGCCAUCAUCGCCUUGGGAAGAUACUGCGUUGAUAACAAUAUAGUUGAAGCAAAAGAGCCAGAAACCUUGGUCAAUAUUCAAUGUCCAUGCGGGCUUAUUCCAACCUAUGUUUCGUAUAGUAAUGGUCUAUCUAGGAGAGUGAGGUUUCAAAGUGUCCCAUCAUUUGUUUUGAAAAUGGAUGUCAAUGUGAAUGUACCAAACAUUGGUAUGAUCACUGUAGACAUAUCUUAUGGGGGAGUAUUCUAUGCCUUUGUUUCUACUGACGCACUCGGUUUGACAGUCAAGGCUGGUGAUGCAUUGAAGGCCGUGGAAAUUGGGCAAGCUGUAAUGAAUGCCACGAAAAAGAUUGUUAAGGUUGAACACCCGGAAAAUGAAGAUCUUGGAUUCUUAUAUGGCACUAUAAUAUAUGAUAGAACAGAAUUAAAAUCAAAUGAUUUGAUUCGACAAAUGAUAGUGUUUGCGGAUCGUGAGUUGGAUAGAAGCCCAUGUGGUUCAGGAACAGCAGCUCAUAUUGCUCUGAUGCACGCAAAAGGUCUACUGGAUGGUAAUUGUCCAAAAACAUUUCAGAGUAUCGUCAAUGAUUCAAAGUUUACUGGAAAGGUUGUCAAAGAAGAUGAAUGCGGAAACUUCAAAGCUGUCAUAGCAGAAGUGUCUGGGAAUGCCUAUUACACAGGCAAAAACUUGUUUACAUCAGAGGAUAAAGACCCCUUAAAGGCUGGUUUCACCGUCCGAUGAUCAGUUGCAAUAUUACCUUCAGCAAAAGUGAAAAAAUGUAUCCGUCAGACAAGGGUUCUGCACCUCACAUAUAUAUCUCUCACGAAGAAAAUUGCUGCUUCUCAUUACAGCUGCUAAAAUUUACAUUUCAAUAUACAUGAAAAUAUCUUGUGUAUUCUAUCAUCAAAGUUACUGCUUAGUUGCUACUUUUUGUAUCCUCGAAUUGGCGUAGGGGGCUGUUCACGAUUAGGGCUGGGCAUUUCGAAUCGAAUAUUCGAAUCGAAUAGUAAAUUAUUCGAAUCGGUUCAGAGCUAAAUUUCGAAUCGC